CUAUCGCUGCGGCGAAGAACGGGCUCGGCCUAUGGGCGAAGGGGCUCGGCCGAAGGGGACAAGGGGCCCGGAGAGGGCUGGGCAUCCGAGUGGGCCGGGGAAGGCUGGGCUGCCGAGUGGGCCGGGGAAGUCUGGGCUGCCGAGGAAGGCUGAGCGGCCGAGGAGGCCAGGGAAGCCUGUGCUGCCGAGCGGGCCGAAGAAGGAGAGGGUUCAAGGGGAGCGGUCUCAGGUGGGUCGUGCCGAGCAGAUGGGGAUGCGUGGGCUGGCAUGGCAGGAAGCGGCCCAGAAGUGGAGGCAACUAGCUCGUCUGCAUCAUCAAAAGUGGGCCGGGAAAACACAUGCGGAGAGACCCAGUGAAAAUCAUUAGAAACAGUGGGACUAAAAGGGAAAAUCGUCU